CUCCGUUCAGCCGCUCAGCACCUGCACACAGUCAGACACACAGAGCAGUGUUGGCCACGGCCAGCCACCCAUAUGCUUGCCACCUUGUCGCGCCCUCACUCACUCACCUGCCACACCUCCAUCUCAGUGCACGUGAAGUCGAUGGUCUGCGCCAAUGUGCCAUCGCCGUCUUCAUCCCUCUCGCCAGUGUAUCCCCCUGACAGGUCUUCAUUAAUAUUCAUCCACUGAUUGCAGCUGCUGAGGUCGGCCACCGGACCACGCCGACCAAACCCCAGACACAGGACUCCAGGAGGACUGCGACCGAUGCACACGUUGGCGAUCAUCCGGCCCUCAAUGCUCCUCACCGCUCCCUGUGUGCCGGCCACCUCAACCUUCUGCCUGUCCUCCGGCAGCUCGAUCUUGGUCGGCGUCUCGUACGCACCCGACAGCGAGAAGAAGAAGACGGGCACCUUGUACCAGUUGGUCCGUCUGGGAUCGUCUGGCGGUGUGAGAGGACCGUCGAUGAAGCAGCCGAAUCGGUGUGUGUCGCCGUCUCGGAGGGCGAAGAGCAGACCGCUCUUGCCGGUCACCUUGUUGAGGAAGGAGGCAUACGUAAACGUGUCACGACUCGACCUGAUAUCAGCGCACAACAACGAUGUCUGUGUGCCCGGCAUGUCUGUCUGAGCUCACUUGUAAAGCAGUGACGGCGCCACGGCGAUCCUCUUGUCGGCCAUCUUCAUCACCGCCAGCCACUCGUCGGCCGUCUUGAUGAUCGUGCUGUCCGCCGGCACCGGCGGGAUCGAACUGAGGCCGUACAUUCCCAACUCGACAGCGAAGAUGGCCUUCUCGGCCGGCGCCACCACCGGCGGAUGGACGAACCGGCCAGCCGGCAUGACGGCCAAACGGCGAGCAAAGUCGACGAUGAGUUGCAGAAACCUGAAGGAUGUUUGGUGGGCCUCCUGGUCGGGCCACUGAGUCCUGAAGAACAAAACACCACACACGUAGACACACAUCGAUGCUGUGUGUGUCGGGGGUCUUCUUUCGUACGGAUCGAAACGCUUGACGAGUGCGUGAGCUGGCCCGAGGGGCGCGAUGGUGCGGCGGAGGACCGACACAUCCUCAUCAGACACGCUCAGUGUCAUCAGCUCGAUGUCUUCAUCGCUGCUGUCGCCCUUGACGAACGGGCGCAUCGCCGUCAGGAAGCCCUCCAUGCGGCGCUUCUUGGCCCGCAGCGCCUCCAGCACACGACGAUAGCUGCUCAUGCACUCGUCGAUCUGCCGAAAGGCCUCCUCGACACCCAUCCCACCCCCAUCACCCCCUGCCCCCUGGUCGCCGCCGUCGUCCUUCUUGCCAUUGCCAUCGGCCAUCUCCACAUCGCCCUGCCCGGCUCCCCCUCCACCUGCCGCUGCCGAGGCCGCUGCUGCAGCCGAUGAGGCCAAGGCCUGUGGCUGCUCCUCGAUCUCGAUCUCGCCGCCCACCUUCUGCUCGAUGAACAGCGAGUGGUGCUCGGCAUAAGACGGAUCGUCGGCCUCCGGUGAGUGGAUGGUGAUCUCAUCCAAAUGGGGGCUCUCGAGGAGUGCCAGCCGGUCUCGCAGCCAUUUGAAGUAAGCCGGGUGCAUCUCGAGGAAGGGCAGCUGAUUGGCGUCCUUGGGCAGCUGGUCGGUGAAGUGCAGCAGUAGCGUCGAGAGGUACGUCGUCUUCAUCUUGCGAUGCAGAAGUGCCGACACGGGAAUGGACAUAACAGUGCCGCCCACAUUGAGCCGAAUGCGGCCGUCCUUCCGCCGCGGCUCGAUGGUGCCUCCAUUGGCUGUGAUGAGCUGCUUGAUCUCCGAACUUAGCGCCUCGAUUUCCUUCUCCGCCAGCUGUUUGGCCGUCCUGGUGAUCUGGCUGAAGGUGUCCACAGAGGUAGCCGCGGCCUUGACCAGCAGAUCUCCCUCCUCCAGACCAGUGGUGACACCGUGAAGACGAGAUGGGAGGACGGCCUCGUCAUCAGCUGCCCUGCCGUCGUUGUCUUUGCGCUUUUUGGAGCUGCCAGACGCUGCGGCGGAGGCUGCCGACAUCGCUGAUCUAUGGCGGGAAGAAAGGAACGAGGAAGUCCGCUUCCCUCCCG